UUUAAAUACAUUUAAAUAUAAAUAUGAAUAUUCUUAAGUAAUUCUAAAUCUUUUUUUUAUAAUUUAUGAAAUUUUGGUGUUCUCAACGGCAACGCGUUUGAAUUUUAAGAUGAAGACCUACCUCAUCCUUACCGUCGCUUUGACACAACUGCACCCAGUCUUCAACUUUCCGAUGCAGACGUCGAAACUACCCAAAAUGGCCGACCACAUCAACCAUAUGACUGAAACAAAGCGCCAGCAACGAAACCAAAACAUACCUCUAUCUUUACCAAUAACCCAUCAAUUCUUAGUACCGUCAAGUCUUCACGUGAUACCAAUUCAAAAUGUCUACCAAAACAAGAUCUCGGUUUCGCAUCAAAAUAGAACAAUCGGUACGCAACUGUUUCCCAUUUAUUCGUACAUACCUGUACAUCAUAAUUAUUUAGUUCCUGUUCAGGACUUGGCUGUGAUACCGUUGAACCAUCAGAGUCAUCCAAGUCACUACCAUGCUGUGGAGAAGAGGCGUGAAGAGGAAGACGUGAAUAGAUAUAGGACUUUCUAUGGGGGCUAUGGAACAGGGCUGUACUUCGGAGGACACGGCGCCGGUCAUGGGUUUUAUGUGUAUGGGUAA